UAAAGAUAAAACAAAUAAAUACGUAGAUAAAAUAGACAAGUUAUGAAACAAAUGUUAUAUGCUUGUGUUUCAACAAUGCAGAAGGUGCUCCCGUUGAUCUUAAUUGUGACUGCUUACACCGCAUUUGCGGUGCCAUUGGCGGAACAAGACAAUAAUCAUGUAUACCCAAGAUACAUCCAAAUGCCUGAUGGAGAAGGAGUUAUGCAUACAGUUGACCUUGAGGCCGAGCCUGACAUGGAACUUCUCAAUGAAAUAAACAGAGACCCAGCUAACAACUUGUAUCUGCUGUAUACCAGGCGUAACCAGAUCGUCUCUCAAACCUUAGUGAUGAACGACGCUAACUCUAUCACUAGGUCUAACUUUAACGCUAAUAGACCAACUGUUAUCAUCGCUCACGGCUGGCUCAGCAACCAAUUUACUUCUACCAACUACAUCAUUAGAAAUGCCUACCUACGAAAGAGCGAUGUUAAUGUGAUCGUACUGGACUGGAGACGUCUUGCUGCGUCUGAUUACGUCACAGCCACCAGAGGAGUACCAGCUGUUGGACGUGGUCUUGGCCAGUUCCUGAUAUUCCUCAAUAGAUCAACUGGGGCUGCUUUCAACUCCAUGCAUAUAGUUGGAUUCAGUUUGGGUGCUCAUCUGGUUGGUAACGCUGGCAGAGAACUUGGUGGCCGAGCUGCACGUGUUACAGCGUUGGACCCGGCUGGUCCCCUAUGGAACUACAACUCCAACCGUGUCAACCCCAAUGACGCUAUCUACGUCGAAGCUAUCCACACUGAUGGUGGCUCAAGCACUGGUGCUCUAGGAAUUGGCAUGAACGUGGCUAACGCAGACUUCUAUCCGAAUGGCGGAGUUUCCCAACCUGGAUGUAACACUAACCUCUGCAACCAUAACCGUGCCGUGGAAUUCUUUGCCGCUUCUGUCACGUACAACCAUUUUGUUGGGAGACAAUGUGCCAAUUCAGUACAAGUCUCUUCAAAUACCUGCCGUGGAAACCAGCUCCGAAUGGGCAAUGAUGAUUUGAGGAAAACUGGGUCGGGAAUGUUCCGCGUAAAUACUGGCAGUUCUUAUCCGUUCUAAUCAUGAAUCAGGGAAGCUAUGUGUGAAUUGUUAUAAAUAUACUUACUAUUUUGUAAAUAACUUAUUGACGUUUUGAUUUUGCGUAUUAAUUUAUUCAAACUUUUUUUUUAUGGUAUAGUUCGGCAAUCGAGCAGACAUAUUAGCUGAUGGUAAGCAAUCGGCCCCUCCGAUGGACACCCGCAACACCAAAGGAGUUACUUACGAGUGCGUUGCCGACCUUUUGGGAAAAGGGGUUGCGGAUAUAAGGAUCGGGAAGGGAUAGGGGAAGGGGCGGGAUUGGGCCUCCGGUAACCUCACUUACACGGCGAAACACAACGCUGUGGUUGUUUUUACGGCGGCUUUCUGUGAGGCUGUGGUAUCACUCCGGUCGAGCCGACCCAUUCGUGCCGAAGCAUGACUCUACCACAGUUAAAAAAACUGUGAUUACCAGUACUUUUUAACAACCUUAAUUUUACGUUACUAGAGUUUUAUCUUAGUAUUUUUAAAUAAAUAUGCUUCAGAUUAAAAAAAAAAUAUUUUAACAUAAAUUAAGACGUAGAAUUGAUGAAUAACAAAAAUACAAAUAAAAAUUCAAGUACUAGAUACGGCAUCAAAAGAAAAGACAAAUACGAUUUUCUUUAUCAAUAAUGACGUGUUUAAAUUAUCGAUAAAUUGCCAAUUAGUGUUACCUGCAAAUAGAUUAUAAGUGUGAUUGUGCUGUAAUCAUUUAAAAGUUGCUGAAAAAACCCGUUCAGAUAAUUAACCAAUACGUAAGCACUUUGAUUUGUAUCUCUUACUAGCGACCCACCCCGGCUUCCCAAGAAUGCAAUGCUGAUACUAAAUUUCUCCACGGUUUAAAGGGUAUUAUAAUGAAUACAAACAUUCUUCUUCAAUCAUUCUAUUCAUUUAAAAACUCAGAUUAAAAUCAGUUGCGUAGUUUUAUGUUUUAUACGUACUGAUCCUGCUAAUAAAGGAAGUGAUGGAAGUUACAAGUGCGAUUGUGAGUAAACCAUAAAAUAUAGACAUAUUCUGUUUCAGGAUAUUUAGUAAGUAGUUAAAAAAAUGGAGAAACUUCUCCCGUUUGCCCAUCAUUUCCCUUCACUGCUCUGCUCCUAUUAAUUGUAUCGUGAUGAAAAGUAUCGUUUAACCUGCCCAGGAAUAUAAAAAAUAAUUGUAGCAAGUUUCGUUAAAAUCUGUAGAGAAGUUUUUGUUUCUAUACAUACAGACAGACAGAGAGACAGACAACAAUUUUACAGAUAACAUUUUUGGCAUCAGUAUCGAUCACUAAUCAUCCCCUGAGAGUUAUUUUGAAAAUAUCUUCCAUGUACAGAAUUGAUCUCUCUAGAAAUUUAUUGUAAGUAAAGAUAUACAUAAGUUACAUUAUUUCUAUAAAAAAAUAUUAUUUAUUUAUUUUUUAACUUAUAAUCUCCUCCAUUGCUGUGAGUGUUUGUAAAUAAUAAAUCGGUAGACAUCUAUCAGAUUGUAUGCAUCUCCAGAUUUGUAUCAAUUUUUCAAAGAACAAAAUAAGUGUUUCUUUCAUACGGUCAUUGAACCUGAACAUUUACUCACUCGGCGCAGCAAUCAGUUAUUGAAUAUUGUAAACAUUAUUUCAAACAUAGUACCUACAGCAACAAAAUACAUUGUAACAAGUAUUUUAUUUACCGUCCACAGAAACAAAAAUAAAAAUUUGCGUAGGUUGUUUACAAACAAAAAAGACUUAAGUUUUUCAAUAUAAAUUUUCACUUCUUUAAUAUUCCUACUACAUUCAGUCUAAGAAAGUAGCCAGUCUGAUUUAUUAAAUGAUCCUAAAGUAAAUAAAUCUAUCAGUAUGGAUAUCUCCUGGAUGUGUUUGCGCGGAAUCUUCCAGAGCUG